AUGCCAGCAUGUACCCGCCCCCUCCCCAAUCCGCGCCCACCCACGCCCACGCCCACGCCCACGCCCACACCCACGCCCAUCACCAACCCCACCAACCCCCACCACCCUGGAUCUCCUACUCCCAACCCCCCCUCUCCUGGGCCUCCGCCUCCGCCGCCGCCGCCUCCACCUCCACCUCCACACGCCCUCCCCAACAACCCCCACCACAGCACGCCCAAGCCCAAGCCCAAGCGGCACUCACAGCGCUACCCCGCGCCCACGCAGCACCCGCAGCCGCAGCCCCCGCCGCCGCCGCCGCCGGCGCCCCCCGGCGUGAACCCGGCGCGGUGGGCGUCCGGGAGGUGGCAUUACCAGCCGCCGGGGCCUGGGUACCCGCCGCAACAGCAGCAGCAGCAGCAACAGCAGCAACAGCAGCAGCAACAGCCGAUCGUGUCGACAGCUAGCGGCGCUGCGGCGCUGGCUGCGCGCGGGAGCGCAGCGCACCCGUCGUCGGUCGGGUACAAUAUCGCGCCCGGGUGGGGCAUCCCGCCGCAGUACUGGCAUCCGCGCCCGAGCGACUCGUCGAGGGAGUAUUGGAGCACGCAGUUGACGGAUAAUGGGCUGGGGUUGGAGAAUAUGCAUAUCAAGCAGGAUCCGCACGCGGGAGGCCGCGCGGCGGGGAGGAACGGCGUUCAGCAUACGCCGUGGACGUGGGUGCCCGCGCUCCCCGAGGAAGAGGACGAGGGCCCCGCCGCCGGCGAGUCGGGCGAGAAUCGGCGCGCUGACGGUGGCGGCGGUGGUCCCACGGCGCAGACAUCUCAGGCGCAGGGCGGGGCUCCGCCGCCGCAGCAGCAGCACAACGGACAGACGCUGCCUGCGCCGACGGCGCAGCGGCCCUCGCAGGCGCAGAGCCUGACGCGGGACGGAGCGGGGGAGAGCUUCACGGAGGUGAUGGAGCUCCGCCCGACGUUCUCGCCCAGCAUCGUGCGCACGCCCAACUACUACACCCACCCGCACCCGUCGAGCGCGAACGCCGCGUCGUCCGCCGCGCGCCCGUCGAUGGACGCGUCUGCGUCUGCGUCUGCGUCUGCGCGGGGACCCCCGCCCAACGCCGCUCCUGCAUGGCCCGCCGACUCGCCGACGCCGGCGAGCAGGGUGCCCGUUCGGCGCUCGCACACGAUGCCGAGCAGUCGCGGCCGUGCAGUGACGGCGGAGGGCUCCAAUGCGCCAGCAACGGCCGCGGCGGCGGCGGCGGCGGCGGCGGGCAACGCGAGCGCGGGGCCGCUGGUGCGCCAGCAGACGAUGCCCGAGUCGGGGUUCAUGGACGAGAUGGCGAACCUGCUGUAUUUCGCGGAGGAGCCCGAGGGGAUGCUCAGCCCGCUCGUGCGCGUGGACAAGGUGCGGCGCGGGUCGCGGUCGCGGUCGCGGUCCCCGUCGUCGUCGUCCUCUGCGUCCCCGUCGCGGUCGCGGUCCCCGUCGCCCGCGCGGCGCAUACACAGCCGCAGCCAGAGUCGGAGCCACCGGCACGCGCACGCGCAUGCACACGCGCAGCACACACCCACGCACGGGCAGCAUACGCCCGCGCACGCGCAUCGCCCGGCCGCGAGCCCGACGCCCGGCCGCUACUCGCGGCAGCCAUCGCGCAGCCCGACCUACCCGUUCCAGUCCCAGAGCAGUGGCGGCGGCGGCGGUGGCGGUGGCGGCGGUGGCGGCUUCUACGAGGCGAUCGCGGAGCACGGGACGCCCCAGUCGUCGACGGCCUCGGCAUCCACGACGACGAGCCCGCACUCGUCCGUGCGCACGCGGAGCACGCCGUCGUCCGCGCGCGCGGCGUCGAAUCCGCCGUCGCUGCAGCCGUCGCCGCGCCAUCCGCACCCGCACUCACAGACCUACCCGCAGCCGCAGCCGCAGCCGCAGCCGCAACCAUAUCCGCACCAGCAGCAGUACCCGCGCGAGCACCACCAACCCACCCAGUUCUACGCGAGCCCCUCCGCGUCGCAGGCGCAGCGGCCGACGAACAUCUCCAGCCCGUACCCCUCCAACGUCGCCGCGAGCGCGUCUAGCGGCGCGCAUCCGCAGCAGUAUCAGUCCCAGAGACAGCCGUCCCGCACGUCGCCGUACUCGCACACCGGCACCCCCGGUUCUGGCGGUGGGGGCCAUGCGCAGCCGUACGCGCCGCAGCCCGGCGCGGGCGCGAACGCCAACGCGCCCUCGGCACAGCAGGGCCAGACGCAGCGGCAUGUGUACGCCCCCAGCACCAGCACCAGCACCAGCACCAUCACCGGCGCGAGCGCGAGCGCGCACGCGGACGCGCUCGCGAGCAACCCGCUCCCGGCGCCCCCGCGCGCGCACCACACGUCGCUGCCGCCCGCACAGAUGCGCACGCCGCCGCAGGGCACGUGGACGCGCCGCCUGCGCUGGGGCUUCUGGAACCGGCGCGGGGACUACCUCACGACGGACAUGCACAUCGUGUACGCGCCGCGCGAGUACGCGAACCCGCCCGACCUCGCGAGUUACCCGUCCCCGAUGGAGGGCUACCGCGACCACGCGGGCACGUUCGUGCGCUACGACCCGUCGCGCCCCGAGCUGCAGGAGAGCCUGCCGAGCAAGGGCCAGCCGCCGCAGCUGCCCUACGAACGGAUGCGGAGGAUGGGACGAUGGGACUUGCGGCCAUCGACGACGAGGAUCUAUUUCAUAUGUGUACCAACAAUCAUUACCUGUCUACUCAUCGACAUCCGCUCACCUCUCUUUCUUUUUUCGCUCUCCACUGACUCCAUCUCGCUGUUCCAUGUGUCUCGUUACAUCCAUCCGUAUUGCUUCCGUUCCCUCGUCUUGUUUUAG